ACGAGACCUGCAUGGACGGGCAUGGGCUUGAGAGCAGCACCUUCCUGCGCUGCCGCCGCCUCCGCCGCCGUCGCCGCCGGGGCUGAGCAGCGCCGCGGUCCCCGGCUCUGCCCGCCGCCCCUGGCGCUGCUGCUGCUGCUGCUGCUCAGCCUUGGGCUGCUCCACGCAGGUGACUGCCAACAGCCGGCCCAAUGUCGAAUCCAGAAAUGUACCACAGACUUUGUGUCCCUGACUUCACACCUGAACUCUGCCAUUGAUGGCUUUGACUCUGAGUUUUGCAAGGCCCUGCGUGCCUAUGCUGGCUGCACCCAGCGAACUUCAAAAGCCUGCCGUGGCAACCUGGUAUACCAUUCUGCUGUGUUGGGUAUCAGUGACCUUAUGAGCCAGAGGAACUGUUCCAAAGAUGGGCCCACAUCCUCUACCAACCCUGAAGUGACCCAUGACCCUUGUAACUAUCACAGCCACACAGGAGCCAGAGAACACAGGGGAGGGGACCAGAAUCCUCCCAAUUACCUUUUUUGUGGCUUGUUCGGAGAUCCUCACCUUAGAACUUUCAAGGAUCAUUUCCAGACGUGCAAAGUGGAAGGGGCUUGGCCACUCAUAGAUAAUAAUUAUCUUUCAGUUCAAGUGACGAAUGUGCCCGUGGUCCCUGGAUCCAGUGCUACUGCUACAAAUAAGAUCACGAUCAUCUUCAAAGCCCACCGUGAGUGUACAGAUCAGAAAGUAUACCAAGCUGUGACAGAUGACUUGCCAGCUGCCUUUGUGGAUGGCAGCACCAGUGGUGGGGACGGUGACGCCAAGAGCCUGCGCAUCGUGGAAAGGGAGAGUGGCCGCUACGUGGAGAUGCACGCCCACUACAUAGGAACCACGGUGUUUGUGCGGCAGCUGGGUCGCUACCUGACCCUUGCCGUCCGCAUGCCGGAAGACCUGGCCAUGUCCUAUGAGGAAAGCCAGGACCUGCAGCUGUGCGUGAACGGCUGCCCCCUGAGCGAACGCAUCGAUGAUGGGCAAGGCCAGGUGUCUGCCAUCCUGGGCCACAGCCUGCCCCGCUCCUCCUCGGCACAGGCCUGGCCCGGCUACACACUGGAGACUGCCAAUGCUCAAUGCCACGAGAAGAUGCCAGUGAAGGACAUCUAUUUCCAGUCCUGUGUCUUUGACCUGCUCACCACCGGGGAUGUCAACUUCACUGCUGCAGCCCACAGCGCCUUGGGGGAUGUGGAGGCACUGCACCCGAGGAAGGAACGCUGGCACAUUUUCCCAAGCAGUGGUCACGGGACGCCCCAGGGAGGCAGCCGUUUGUCUGUCAGUCUAGGACUCACAUGCUUGAUCCUUAUUGUGUUUUUGUAGGGGUUGUCUUUUGUUUUUUAUUUUUUGUCUAUAACAAAAUUUAAAAUAUAUAUUGUCAUAAUAUAUUGAGUCAAAGAGUAUAUAUGUAUAUACCAUGUAUAUGAUAGGAUGUUUGUGCUGGGACACCCACCAGUUUGUACAUAUUGUGUUUGACUGUUUUCAUGUAUGUUGGAUGUAGUGUUCUUUGAUUGUAUCAAUUUUAUUUUGCAGUUUUGUGAAAUGUUUUAUAAUGUCCCUGCCUGGGGACCUGUUAGAAAGCACUUUAUUUUUUAUAUAUUAAAUAUUUAUGUGUGUACCUGGUUAGUAUGUAUAGUACAUAUACACAGACACCAUAUGCAGCGUCCUCUUUGAAGAUGACCAGUGAUGAUGUUUGUAGCUGUUUUUGGCUAUUCCCUCUGGCCCUUUCCCCGUUGCUGCUGAUUUGCCACAGUGUCCAGCUUUCACUUGCCUCCUGGUAGAGCCUCAUUGCGCUUGGUCCUCACCUCUUCUGCACUCACUUGAUUUGGAAGGAUAAUUAACUCACCCUUACCGGUGCUUUUGGCUGUUAAACACUGAUCUAUAGGAAGCCCUCUCCCUCUUUAACAGUUGACACUUUCAGAGAGUGGGGAGAAUAUUACUAUAACCCUUAUUAACUAAGACUGUUAUAUCUGAGCACUUCUGGUAUGUUGUUGAACCAUACUAAACUGUUUUUUAUCUGUUAGAAGGAGGUACUGAUGGCAGUUUCAUUUUGCUAGACUCCAGUAGCUCUCACUUUUUCUCAUCUCAUAUCCCUGUUAAACUAUAGUUUUUUCCUCUUUUAACUCCAUUCUGCAUUGAACAAACAAAACACAAAGACAUACCUUUAGUGGCCAUGCAUUGUUCUCUAUAAUUCAUGCAAGCCCCUGUUCUUAGCCUUCCCUUCUCUGGCUCUUUGGGCCCAGAAGCACAGUGCUCUCUGUCUCCACCCCCGUGAGCCCUCCUCAACCUCACGUUAGGAGCCCCGGUACUGGGGAUUGCUAGAGUCUUUACAAUGAGACCCGGAGCCCAUCACAAAGUUCUCUACUCUUUCUUGCCUUCAACACCAUGUUCUUCAUCGCAGUCUUUGACAUGUGCAUAUGCGUGAUUGAAUGGACUAGGGUGUUAAUGACAGCAGCUUCCUUGGCAUGACUUAAAAUAUGGCUAACUGGGUGCUGGUUAAUCUAAACAGUCUUAUUAAGCAGUGUUGCUCCCCAAGUGGUCUCUUUUUAAUCAGAUACUCUUCCCCUUAACAUCUGUAGGUGAAUAGUAUUUAGUCAGUUGCUCACGUACUUGGUAAAAUCCCUAUAAAGUAGAAUAUCUCUUUACCUCUUCUCUUCCAUUGCCAGCACCCUCCUGCAAGAGGAAAACAACACCAACAGGCAAGCACAGUAAUUAAGAAAGUAAACUCCAGGGUAGAUAGGUUUACAUUGUUAUAUCUAAAAUGUAAGUGUUUGGUUCCAAGAAAAAGUGAUGGAAUUUGUACUUUACCAUAGUGAUUUGGGUCAGGAUAGUGCUAAGUUUUGGCUGGCCAGGUAAUUUCUUCCUUUUGCCAUAUCCCAUUGAUUAGUAGUAGCACUCACUGCCAGAGGCCCUAACGGCAAGAAAAGAGGAUGUUGUUUUGUGAAGUUUUCUUAGCUCAUCUGUGAGUUCAUCUAGAAGCGGUGAAAUCUCCUCUCUACCACCUGAUAUAUGAGAGAAUAAUCUGGCCAUUCUGGGAAAAUAAUGAAGACAUCCUACUUCUUACUCAAAAGUUUCAAUAUCAGUUGAAACUAAACCUGUCAUCCUUUUAUAAAAACUGGACCAGAGGCCUGCCUCAUCAGUUCUGAACUGGCUGCUUUUGUUCACCUAUGGAACCAAGUGCUGGGUUCAGAAGCUAUAAUUAGCUACUGAUUUUGUUUUGGAAUUGAGUAGAAUGAAGGAGAGAAAAUAUUUAGGAUACCUCUAACCACUAUUUUUGUGCAAAUAGUAUAAAAGUGAAAAAUUUCUACGGUUAUCUGGGUUUGGAGUGUAUAUAAUUAAUACACUUUUGUCCUUUGCAGGGAAAGCAAUACUACCACUUCUUUUAAUAGUUGGGAAAAGAAAAUUGGGUCAUUUUGCCAUACCAUUUAACUGGAAAGGAUGCUUAAAAGCAUCCUACAUUACUAGUAUCAGGACCAGUGUGUUUAUUCUCCUUUCACAGCCAGUGUCCCUGUUCAACAUAUACAAUCCCCACAGAUAACUGUUUCAGAAAUACAGGUAUUUCUCUAGAGAGGGGCCAGCUUUAUUUUCUCCUGUUUCUUUUCUAGGAUUUCUAGAGAAAAUGCUACUUACACAUGUUGGUUCCUAAAAUCUUUAACCAGAAGAGUUUGGGGGCAUACCAACAACACAUGGAUAGACAGACUGUAGCUAUUCAAAGGUCUCCUGGGGGAGCUUAAAACUUGGAGGAAAAUACUGGUUUUCACAGAUGCUCCACAUGGCUGUCUUUAAAAGACUCAAAACUUUUUUUUGUCCUCUUUGUUAUGCUUGGAAACCCCACAGUGUGUCGAGUCUUUACAAAGAAACCUUUAGAUGUGGUUCAUAGGUAUAUGAAUAAGUAUCUGUGUAAAACAGUGAGCGUGCAGUGUGUAAAUACUUUAAAUUAUUAUGCUAGAAAAAUAAAGUUACAUACCAUGCUGUG